AUGCUCCAAGCCACAAUGAUAUUGCCUCUUGUUUUGACAACACUGGUCACAGUGGCUAACGCAAGUCCACUCGAGCCUAACAAACGACUAGAUAAUGGCCUGGGUAAGACUCCAGCACUUGGUUGGAAUAGCUGGAAUGUAGGAGGAUGCUCAACCGCAACCGCAGCAAACGCACUCACAGCAGCCAAAGCCUUUGUCAAUCUCGGCCUCAAAGACCUAGGAUACAGCUAUGUCAACAUCGACGACUGCUGGGCGAACAAAAACCGCAACUCCAACGGCGACAUGGUAGCCGACCCCUCAAAAUGGCCAAAUGGCAUAAAAUCCGUCGCCGAUCAAAUCCACGGCAUGGGUCUCAAAUUCGGUCUUUACGGCUGCUCCGGCACUCAAACCUGCGCAGGCUACCCCGGAUCCCAAGGCAACGAAGUGCGAGACGCAAAGCUCUUAGCCUCCUGGGGAGUGGAUUACUGGAAAUACGAUAACUGCUACACGCCGUCCGGGAACUCGUCGGGGAGGUUUAUGAGAAUGAGAGACGCCCUUGCGGGGUCUGGAUGGCCCAUCUUUUACUCGAUGUGUCAGUGGGGGAAUGAUGCAGUGUGGACUUGGGGGAGAAGCGUGGGGAAUUCAUGGAGAACGACCGGAGACAUAACGAAUGACUGGGCGUCGGCUGCGAAAAUUGGAGCGCAUGCUGGGACUAUUGCUGGGUUUGCUGGGCCGGGUGGGUUCAAUGAUCUUGAUAUGAUGGAAAUCGGCAACGGAGGACUCAGCGCAGCUGAAGAACGUACUCACUUCGGUCUUUGGUGUAUUGCCAAAUCACCAAUCAUCCUAGGAACCGAUCUCUCCAAAAUCUCCGCCUCAUCCCUAAAAAUUAUCAAGACCGCCGGACUUCUAGCCAUAAACCAAGACCCACUGGGCAAAGCUGCCGCACCUUUCAAACCAAGUGGUAAACCAGCUCCGGUAUCAGGAAAGCUUUAUCCUUACUGGGCUGGGCCGCUUAGCGACGGUGUUGUCAUUGGUCUUAUUGCGGUAGACGCUGCCGCUACUCUUUCAGUGAGUUUUGCAGAUGUUCCUGGAUUGGGAGCUGGUACGUAUAACUGGACGGAGGUUUAUGGAGGGACGACUGGCUCGGGAACGAGUGUUUCGGCGAGUUUGGGAUUGCAUGAUAUGGCUGUGUUUAAGGUUACUAAGGUUUGA